AUGGAGUAUUUGUCAAGGAGUUUAAGUGCUUUGAAGGAUGAUAGGCAGUUUAAAUUUCAUCCGAAAUGUUCAAAAUUGAAUAUUACUCAUCUGAUAUUUGCGGAUGAUUUGCUUCUAUUUAGCAAAGCUGAUUUAUACUCAGUGGCCAAAAUCUAUCAGUGCUUUCAAAAUUUUAGUCUGGUUUCUGGUCUGGAUGCGAACCUGAGUAAAUGCUCUGUUUAUCUAUCUGGGAUUGAGGAGGGCAUUAAGGCUCAAAUUUGCAGCUACUUGAACUUUUCAGAGGGUGUUCUGCCUAUGAAGUAUCUUGGUUUACCAUUGAGUACAAAAAGGCUAUCUUAUAUUGAUUGUUCUUCAUUGAUUGGAAAAAUUCAAGACAAGUUUCAGUUUUGGCAGCAGAACAGAAAACUGUCAUAUGCAGGUAGACUUCAACUUAUCAAAUCAGUCAUUCUUGGUAUCCAAACUUUUUGGAUUAGCAACUAUGUCUUGCCAAUCAAAGUAUUAGAGAGGAUUGAUAAGCUAUGCUCUGACUUUCUAUGGGGUAAAAAGAUUCAUUUAGUUGCAUGGAAUACAAUCUGUCAGGAGAAAAGACAGGGUGGUUUGGGCCUAUUCUCUGCAAAACUUUGGAAUCAAGCUGCUGCUACAAAAUUAUUAUGGAUGAUUCAUCUUAAAAAAGAUAUUUUGUGGGUUAAAUGGAUCCAUGAGAACUAUCUACAAACCUGUAAUCUUUGGGAGGCUCAAAGUAGAGUGAAUGACUCUUGGAUGUGGAAGCAACUCCUCAGGGUGAGAGACAUGCUGUUGAAUAAGUUUGGAAGCUUUGCAUCUCUGAAAAAUGCAAUUGAUGACUGCUGUUGCAAUGAUAAAAUCCAGCAAUCUGCAGUUUACAGCAAACUGGCACAUUCAGCUGCAACUCCAGUGAGCUGGUAUGAGACUGUUUGGGACAAUUUUAACUUUCCUAAACACUCAUUUACUGUCUGGUUAGCUUGCAAUUCAAGACUUCUUACCAAGCAUAGGCUGUGCAGACUGGGGAUUUUAAAUCCUAAUCAAAACUGUUGUGUUCUGUGUUCUAGUCAUCAGCUAGAAACAAUUAGCUAUCUGUUUUUUGAUUGUCAGUUUUCUGUGGGAAUCUGGAAUGGAGUUAUGGAUUGGUUGAAUUUUAAAUGGAGGUCUUGUGAUUGGAACAUGAUCAUUGGUUGGUAUUCUAACAAUUUAAAAGGAAAGGGUUCCAAGAAGAAGUUAAAGAGACUUGCACUUGCUGACACAACUUAUAUGAUUUGGCAGGAACGCAACUUGAGGAUUUUCCAGAGCAAAAUGAGGAGCUCGCUGCAGGUUCUUCAUAAUAUCAAACUAUCAAUUUAUACAAAAGUGUUACAUGAGAGGACAAAUGUUCAUAUGAGGAAUCUCAUUUUGUAG